AUGGAAAAAACAGUGCCCAACAAGCACUCAAGACGACACUCGACCGGCAACUUUUACAUCGAACUCACAGGCUAUGAAGACGUUUUAAGUCGAUAUCUAAGCCCACCAUUUCCCUCCUGCCACGACAACUGCAAACCGCAUCCACCUGGGUCUGACCACCCGACCCAACCCAAGCCCACACGUAAGAGAUCAAACAAAACCGACGGUGAUUCUCCACAAGGAACCAAGAAACCGUUCACACCGAUUCCCAGAUCUCCAACACGACAUGCCAAGAUCACCAGCAACUCACUUCCUAAGCAUCAAGUCAAAUCACAACCCAUUGACUCCAAAAGUCAAGAUUUUAAGUCAAAGUCGAAGUCUGAGGAAACCGAUCCGUUUUACAUCCAACCGUCAAGAAUUACCAGGAGAUUCAGUGAUGUAAAUCUACACACCAAUGAUUUAGCAGUUGGUGGUCAGGUCAGAAGCAGUAAAAGAUACGAUAAAAAGAUCGAUUCAAGAAAAGACGUUAAACCAAUCAAAAGUAGCGUUAAGACGCCCGGAGAUGGGAUAACUUCUAAAAAGGCGCAAGCUUUAAAGACCCUUUCUGGUUCAACGAAGAAAACCGCGGUUGACCAUGAUUCAAAAAAGUCAAAGUCUGUAGACACAGUUGGUGAAGUUGUUCAAGAAAAAAACAAGAAAAGUCAAAGUCCUAAUGAGGAAAAAGUACUGCAAAAUGGAACACAAAUCGAUGAAACCCCAGGAAGUCAAAGUCGAAGUCAAAGUCAAAAUAAUGGGAAUAUGACAGCCUCAGGAGUCAAGAAAACAGAAAACUCGACACGAGUACGAAAACCGGCAAAGGAAAACGACGAACUUUCGUCUCAAAAGCUCAAAUUUAAGCAAGGAAAGACUAUCAGGUCGCAGUCUGAGAGUAAUGGUCCGAGAAAAGCUAAGUUUGAGAAAGGAAAGGUGUUGGAUAAAAAUCAAACUGGUCAAGAAGACAAUAAAAGUUUAAGGAGAUUGACUUCUGAAGGCGUGUCACACACUCCCGAAAGUAAUUCGGUUAGCGUUGCUUUAAAAGCGUGUGAUGUGGAAGUAGCUAAACCAAAUAUACGGUUGAAUAAUGUUAUCGAAGAGACUGCUAGCAGGCUUAUUAGAACUAGGAAAAGCAAAGUACAAGCUUUAGUUGGCGCUUUUGAAAUGAUCUCUUCAAAUGAAUUUUAA